AUGGAAGAUCUAGUCAAUCUGGAUUGGACCUCCUCAUCCCCAUCGCCAUCGCCUUCCAAAUCCCAAUCGCGCUCCACUUCCAACACCGCUCCUGCUAGCACACGCACACCAUCCAACUACAAUUUCGACGCUCUUACGAGAUCUCUACCUGUUCAUACGCCUCCGCGGCAGUCGCAAGCAGGAGCAGGAGCAGGAGCAGGAGCAGGAGCAAAGGUAUCCAAUCACCCAACCACUCUCAACACCAACACCAACGGCUCGACCUCGACCUCGACCUCGACCUCGACCUCUGCGCGCACGCACACGCACACGCACGAUGCAUUCUCGAGUCUAUUUCCUACGUCCAGCCUCACCUCCAGUUCAAACUCGGAUGCCGCACCCGCGCUCGCACAAGGCCAAAUGUGGAGCAGCAGCGGCGGCGGAGGUGCAGGAGGUGGAGGAGGUGCAGGAAGAAAUACAAAUGCGCCUCUGAGUAUGAUUCGACAACAACAGCAACAACGAGAGAGGGAGCGUGGCGGUGGCGGUGGCGCUGUUGCUGUUGCUGUUGCUGGUGGUGGAUGGGGAAAUGAAGAGGAUUGGGAAUUGUUUGGAAGUGCGAGCGGCGGGACGCGUCAGGCGGGCUCGAUGAGACAAAGGUGCGUUCCUUCUUUGCCUCCCUUGCUUGCAAUGUGGGCGUCGCCCCUCGCACCCUCGCGUGCAAGUUGGCGUUUCGGUGGAACAAGUCUUGAGAGGGAACGUCUUGGCGCAGAAGGUCAAAUGCCGUCUGGAGUCGAUGGAUGGGAUUGGCAGACGCUGGACCGCCCUGCCCCCGCCCCCGCCCCCGCCUUUCCUUUUGAUUCUCCGUGCCAUACAUCACGCAGGCUCACACCAAACGCAUACAUUCCGCUCCCUCUCUUCACCUCAUUCCACUCCAGCAGCAAAUCAUCCGACGAUCCUUUCGGCCUCGACUUUUCCGCCCCCGCUCUCGCUCCCGCUCCAAACGUGCGCAAUGCAAGCCAAGCCUCCUCCUCCUCUUCCCGUCCUCCACAAGCACACGCACAGGCAUCCGCACGCGCACGCGCAUCCGCAACCGCAUCCUCCACUCUCGACGCCAAUCCACCCGCUGCUGCAUCAUCCACACGUCCCACCACUUUGCAACGACAGCAAGUCGAGGGCAGCAAGAAGGAAAGAGAAGCGCCGAGCAGGGGAACAUUGGCUGUGAUGGACAUGUUUGAUUUUUCAGAGUUUGAAGAUGGAUCGGGGGCGCAGAGCAGCGCGUUGGGCGGCGAUGGCGAUGGCGAUGGCGCGGGCGCGGGCGCGGGCGGGCGUGGCGUCGAGCUGCAAAGUGGGCAGGAUGAGAAGGGUAGCGGCAAGAGCAAGGGAACAUUUUGGAUGGAUGGCGAUGGUGCUGGUGCGAAUGCGGAUGCGGGUGCGGGUGCGGAUGCGGAUGCGUUGGAAGACUUUUUGAGCGCAAAGCAAGAGCGCGGAGCGAAGCGCACCAGCGACGGGCUUGGAGCACGAGCACGAGGAGCACGUGGGCACGAGCACGAGCACGAGCACGAGAAGGACAGCGCAAAUGCACGUGCCGUCUCCCCGCCACCUCAUCUGGUAGGACAGAUCGUAGAGAUGGGCUUUUCACCCGCAGAUGCUCGUAGAGCUUUGAAGAGCACGCAGACGGGCUUGGAUGUGCAGAUUGCGCUGGAAAGCCUGUUGGCUGGUAGUGUCGCUGCUGGUGCUGCUGCUGCUGCUAGUGCUCGCGAUGGAAGUGCUGCUCUUGCGCGACAGACGCACGAGGAAUGGAACGAUGAUGCGGCUUUCGAUGGAGAGGCGCGACGAGCUGCUUUGCAACGGGCAAAGUGGGGCGCAAGCGGGGAUGCGAGCGUGCGGUCGAGGCACGCUGCUGGAGCAAGUGCAAGUGCGCAUCGACGCGUUCGAGCAGCAGCAGGAGCUGCGGUGCAGCAGCAGCAGCAGGAAGAAGAAAGCAAGGAUUGGAACAAGCAGACGGAAGCUAUUUAUGCGCAGGCUAGCGAGUUGGGAGCUGGGUUUUUAAAGAGCGCAAACAGCUUUUGGACGAGCGCUAAAGAGGCUGCUCAGAAGGCUUAUGAGGAACAGAAAGCUAGGAGCAAUACGGCUUCCCCCAUGCCCGUAUCCGGUUCGGUGGCGCUGGAUCGACGAGCCAAUACGAGCGCGGAUGCGCAUGCCGGUGCCGGUGCGGGUGCGGGUAGAAGAUUUGAAAGAGAAGAGACGAGCAAGUUUAGCGAAAAAGCCUGGAAUCGACGUUGGGGAGGUAGAAAGGAAGCACAGAUGGAUCUGAGCGGAAAACCUAGAUGGAUGGUGGAAGCCGAGGCUAUGCAGAGAGCUGAAGAGCAAGCAGCUACGUCGCCCGUCACGCCGGACGUUGCUGCGUCGAAGGAUGCACCGACAAGCUCUUUCAAGGAUUCGGAUGGGGAGGAGCACGACGGAGCUGAUGGCGCGUCCAAUGUGCCGACCAAGAAAUCGACGCGACAAGCCGCACCACAGAAGACGACGACGACGACGACGACGACGACGACUAUGACGACAGAAGUGGCGGGCGAUGUGGACCUUUGGGAUUUACCUGCGCAACAGGCGCCUCAACAACAACUGCCCGCUGCGCGAGCGCCUAGCGCAAGCCAGCCGCGCGCACCUUAUAUUUCUCCAGCUCGUCGAGCUGUACGACCUUUGACGAGCAAGACGCGUUCCGCUCCUGCCGUUGGCGCCGACGCCGACGUUGCGUCUGGCACGCUGCGAAAGACGCGUAGAGCAGUGCAAGAGGAGGAGCAGAGCCGCGUGUCUGCUUCGGAAGCGUGCAGGGUGCGGGGUAAUGAGGCGUAUAGAAGGGGAAAUUAUGCAGAGGCGGAGGAGAUGUAUAGCAAGGCUUUGCGAGAGCUUGCACCGGCUAGUUUGAGGAGCGUGGGAUUGAGGAAUAAUAGGGCAUUGGUCAGGAGUAGGAAUGGGGAUGCGAUGGGAUGCGUGGAGGAUGCGUCAAUGGUUGUGCGGAUCGUUUUGGAGAGAUCGCUGGUGGGGCAAGAGGAGGAGCAGGAGCAGGAGCAAGAGGGAGAGAUUUAUAGACCUUCGAUGGAAGAAGCUUUGCCUGAUCCAUUGGCGAGACAGAUCAACCUGAGGGAAGCCUAUGCCAAAGCGGUCCUUCGAAGAGCUCAAGCUUACGAAACGAUGGAGAAGUGGAGAGAGGCGCUAAAGGAUUGGGAAAAGCUGGGAUUGUACGAGAGGCUGGAGGGCAGCGGAAAGGGGGGAGCUGGGAAUGUUAGGAGUGCUGAACAGGGCAAGAAGAGGUGCGAGAAGAUGUUGAGCGGAUCUGGUGCCGCUGUUGCUGCUGGUGCUUUGUCGUCAAGGGCAAGUGGUGCAGGAAAGAGCAAAGCGUCGGUAGCCGCAAGGCCCGGUCCCACGCCUUCUGCGCGCAGAGCACAGACGGAAGCUGUCGAUUUGGCAGCUCAACGAGCAGCGCUGGCCUCGGCCGAACGCGCCUCCAAAGCAGCGGCUGAAGAGAGCGCCAGAGACUUGGCCAAGGAUUCGGUGGAUGGCAAGAUUUCGAGUUGGAAGACGGGCAAGGAGAAUAAUGUUAGAGCAUUGUUGGCUAGCGUGGAGCUGGUGCUUUGGAAGGAAUUGGAAUGGAAGAAAUUGGGCAUGCAUGAGCUCGUCACGGAUGCGCAAGUCAAGAAGGCUUACACCAAGGCCAUGAUCAAAUUGCACCCUGACAAGGUGAGCAGAGCGAAUCGGAGAAGCCGUGCAGAAAUGCAUCAAACGAUUUGGUGCACAAUGUGCUCUGCGAACGCUGACUGACUCCACCUCAACAAUUGCCUCACUCUGCCCUUUUGGCUCAGCUUACACCGCGCAACACUACCGUCGAGCAACGCAUGAUUGGUACGGCCGUCUUUGCGGCCAUCAAUGACGCUUGGGUAGUCAGUCAGUCAAAGAAAUGA